UUUCAAAGCCUAGUAAUGUAAAUUCAACGUAAAUUGUAAACAAUGAGUCUUCAAGAUAGAUUAAAACCCGUUUUAAAGAUAAUAAAAAUAGCUACUUUAUGGGGCAGUGGCGGUUUUUUUAUUGCAUACAAUAUUCGCCAAACUUAUCAGUCAAUAAAUAGCAUAGUAAAUACGAAAGUGCUUGAUAGUGAGAAAAAACAAACCGCCGAAUAUAUUUAUAUCGACGAUCCUGCCUAUUCAGUUACUUUACAAAUGGAACAAGAUCGAGAAUCCAGACAAUCGAUCGGUCUAGUGCGAAUAUGGAAGAGUUUAAAACAUUCUUUGGCUUGGAGACUGCUGUGGUUGUGUAGACACGGCAACAGGGAGCAAAGGAAUAUAGCUAUAGAACAACUCGCAGCAUUUAAGCACAACAAGAGUUGGGAUUGUUUUAAGUUGGCUCAGGCCCUAGACAAAAAUACUGCAGUAUUGCUCGCACGCACACGUGGCGCUGACCUCCGUUACUUCCUCCCUCCGCCGAUACACGUGCGACGUGCGGCUCUGACCACGGAAUUGCUUUCUUUCAAGCUAAGGGAUAUAAUUGUCGCUGCACAGAGCGUCAACCCACACAGCUGCAUACAACAUUUUCUAUCCAAAUAUUUUGCCAACGUGCAGGAGCAAGCCAUGGAGGCUGACAGUAUACCAACCAAACCAGACAGAAUUAAUGAGAGAGACCUGUGCCUGCUGUGUCUCGAUGCUCUCCAUCAUCAUAUUAGUUUGUUCCAUACAAAAGAAUAUAAAGAUGAUACAUCUGUAAAAACUGUAAUUAAUUUAGGCCUAUUGCCAAAAUUAGCUGAGCUUAUGUUAAGGAAUCGUAACGAUGUGGACCUAGAUAUGGCAGUGUUGAGAAUAUUUACUGUAUUAAGCGUACAUUGUGAUUUACUUACAGAUUUUUUCCAAAACGGACUCAUUGGUGAACUAUCACGUUUACUUAGAUCUAAAGAUGUCCGUCUGUCCAGUUCUGCUGCAGUUUGUUUAGCUAACUUAUCAGGUGAACACUGCUACCGGCCAGGUUUGUAUCUCUUACAUCCAAUAUACAGAACAACCACUCCACCGGCCUGUGAUACUCUAUUGGUACACGGACUUAGAGGGGGAGUGUUUGUGACCUGGAGACAAAGGGACAGAAAGUGUGCUGAGCCUCUUGGAAUAAUAGAUGUUACUGUAUCAGAUAUAGACUGUGACCCAUGCCAUGAAAAAAAUGUUGAAAAAAACAAAUAUUUGGAUCCAGAUUUGCAACAAGUGAUGGAAGAUCUGAUAGAACUAGAAGAUGAAGCUUUAUUGGCCGAAAUAGAUGUUGUCCUUCAUGAUCUCCCAACAGAUGCUAAAAGGGAAACUAUGGGUGCUUAUGAGUAUACUGCAAAUAAGAAGAGAUUAGCAUUAAUUCAAGAGGACCAAGACCACUGCAACUAUACAUUUUGUUGGCCAAAGGAUUGGCUUCCGAAAGACUGUGAUAAUUUAAGGAUAAUGGGUGUAAAUUAUUGGAGUACUUUAUCAGAGUGGUUGGAACGAUGUCCGCUUCAGACGGCAGACAUAGCAAUGAGAGCUGCAGACUUGGCCUCUGUUUUAAUUGAUGCUGGUGUAGGGAAGAAAGAUACCCCAGUAGUUUGGUUGGCUCAUUCCAUGGGUGGUUUGAUUGCAAAACAAGUCCUUAUAGAAUCAGCGCAAAGUACGGAUACAGAAUUUAGAAAUUUGUCCUCUAAUACGAGAGCUGUAUUCUUUUAUAGUACUCCACAUAAGGGUAGUUCUUUAGCGACUAUGCCACGCGCGGCUGCCGCUGUUCUUUGGCCAUCUGGUGAUGUAAGGCAACUGCAGGUUAACUCACCAGUUCUGCUUGAGUUGCACAAUACAUUUAUUAAAUUUGCUGACAUGUUUGGAUGGGAAACAAUAAGUUUUGCUGAGUCUGUGCCUACUUUGGUUACUGCAUUCAAAGUUCCUAUACAUUUUGUUGAGUCAGUUUCAGCAGAUUUGGGGCGUGGUGUCUUUUAUCAACUGCCAUUGGACCACUUAUCAAUAUGUAAACCAGCCACCCGCCAGUCCAUUUUGUACACAACUGUAUUAGAGGUGAUACAGAAAGUUACUGCUAAAGACAUUGAGUUGAAAUAUUCAAGUCCAUUUGUGCAGUAUCUAGUUGGACUGUUUUGGUGGUUGCCCCGAAGCAAAGCUAAGCAAGUAACGGUGACUUUAGAUGAGACACAGAGCAAUGAUGGUCUCCGUUGGUUUGAACAGAUACUCUUAGAAGCCUUCACUGAUGGUUUUACUGACUAAUUCAUCAAAAUCAAUAAAUUCUUUAUAUUAAAUUUACUCUCAUACCUUCUCUUAAAAGCCAUGACUGAUCAAAAAGUUGAUUGAUUUAUUAAAAUAAGUAACCAUACUACAAUGAGCUCCACAUAGAUAUUAUAAAACCAUGACAAGUCCCUGCACUUAAUUAUUAAUGUUUAAUUAAUGGGCUCUACACAUAUAUCAACAUUGUUAGGAAUAGGACGAGAUGUUUCAAAAAUAUUAUAUCAGUAUUAUUUUCGUUUACAAUGUUAUUAUUUAUUUUAUUGCUAAGUAAGCAUUUUUUUGUUUCUAAAUAUUUACCUACUUUUAACUGUAGGGGUAUGCAUUAAUAAUUUUUUAGUUGUUACCUUACUAGUUAAUUAGUAUUUUCAGAGGUUGUAUUUUCUUUCUAUACAAUUUGUUGGUUAGUAUUAUAGGUGAUAAGAAGUUGUCACUUUCUAUUUUUAUAGUUAAAAAAUAUAC